UUUUCCAAGUGUAACACUCCUAAACGAAACCUACUCUUUGCUUAUUCGCUGUUUUUCCCUUACAUUGUUCUUCAGCGUCUUUCUCUGCCUCUGCUGUUUACUGCUUAUCAAUUUGUAAACUGAUUUUACUGAGAUGGCUCAAGCUCAAGCGAUUUCUUCAGUGAAUCUUCUCUUUCGGGGCUCCAUAAAAAGUUCAGCUCGGAUUCAAGACAGGCUUUGCUGCUCUAAAAAGUUGGAUUCUUUACAAGAGUUUGGUGUAAAAGCUAGUGAAUUUAAUGGUCUUGCAAUUGCUCAUACCCGUUCUAGCUUUGCUUCGCCUUGUGCCACUCAUGCUAUCCAGGCGGUCUUGACCAAUGACAAAGAGACGACUAGUUCCAACGCGGUUGGGGAAAAGCCUCUGCGCAAAAAAUUGAACAAAGUGGUUCUAGCUUAUAGUGGUGGCUUGGACACUUCAGUUAUUGUGCCUUGGCUGAGGGAGAACUAUGGCUGUGAAGUUGUCUGUUUCACUGCAGAUGUUGGUCAAGGAAUUAAGGAAUUGGAUGGUCUGGAAGCGAAGGCCAAGGCUAGUGGAGCUUGUCAAUUAGUAGUGAAGGACUUGAAAGAAGAAUUUGUGAAAGAUUACAUAUUUCCUUGUCUACGAGCUGGUGCUAUCUAUGAAAGGAAAUACUUGCUUGGGACAUCAAUGGCCCGCCCUGUUAUUGCUAAGGCAAUGGUUGAUGUUGCCCGAGAGGUCGGAGCUGAUGCUGUUUCUCAUGGAUGCACGGGGAAGGGAAAUGAUCAGGUCCGUUUUGAGCUGACAUUCUUUGCGCUGAAUCCUGAGCUCAGUGUUGUUGCCCCAUGGAGGGAAUGGGAAAUUACAGGAAGAGAGGAUGCUAUUGAAUAUGCUAAGAAGCACAACGUACCAGUUCCCGUGACAAAGAAAUCCAUCUAUAGCAGAGACAGAAACUUGUGGCACCUUAGUCAUGAGGGGGAUAUUCUGGAGGACCCUGCAAAUGAGCCAAUGAAGGAUAUGUACAUGAUGUCAAUUGAUCCUCAAGAUGCACCUGAUCAACCUGAGUAUGUAAACAUUGGGAUAGUCGCUGGGAUUCCUGUUUCAGUAAAUGGGAAGGAGCUGUCUCCUGCAACUCUUCUUUCUGAGCUAAAUGAAAUUGGCGGGAGACAUGGAAUUGGACGAAUAGACAUGGUUGAAAAUCGGCUUGUUGGAAUGAAGAGCCGUGGAGUGUAUGAAACUCCCGGGGGAACUAUCCUCUUCACAGCUGUGCAGGAACUCGAGUCUCUUACACUUGAUCGCGAAACAAUCCAAGUCAAAGAUUCUCUUGCCCUCAAAUAUGCUGAGUUAGUGUAUGCCGGCAGGUGGUUUGAUCCACUUCGCGAGUCAAUGGAUGCUUUCAUGGAGAAUAUUACAAAGACUACAACGGGUUCAGUUACUCUCAAACUAUACAAAGGAUCAGUUUCAGUGACUGGUCGUCAAAGUCCACAUAGCUUGUACAGACAAGAUAUCUCAUCGUUUGAGAGUGGGGAUAUCUACAAUCAAGCUGAUGCUGCAGGAUUCAUUCGGCUUUAUGGACUUCCGAUGAGGGUUAGGGCAAUGCUUGAGAAGGGUCUUUAAUUUUUUGAUCGUUUCGUGAGUUGAUGAAGGGGAGCCUAGGCGCAGUGAUAAAAAUUGCUGCUAUGUGACCAGAGGGUCACGGUUCAGGCCGCAGAAACAGCCUCUUGCAUAAUGCAAGGUAAGGCAGUAAGACCCAAUAUGGUCUGGCCAUCGCCCGUACCCUGCAUAGCGGAAACUUGCACCAGGCUAUCCUUUCUUGAAAUGAUGUAGUGUUGAAACGAACAUGAAGGGUCAGUAGUAUCUUGUUCUUCCAUUUUAUUGCACUUAGUUCACUCUGGAGUCUAGUUUGUUCAGAUUGUUUUGUUAACUUUUUCUCUCGUUUGGCAUAUCUAAGGCAAAACUUUUGGACUUGAUAGUCCAUUAUGGAAAAUUGUUGAA